GAUUAUGGUGGCGUCACUCGAUUAAUGGGAAAAACGGCUGGACGCGUAUCGACCGAGUAAUAAUUCAUUAAUAUUUCCUGUUACUAUCAUUAUUUAGAUAAAUUUAUGGUUAUUUAAUCAACCAAUUAGGAUAUUUGAAGUAUGGGUGACAAGAGUGGAAAGUCAACAGCUAUGGAAGUAGAAGAGUUAAAAGCUAUUUUAGAAUCUAAAGGUGGUAAUGUUAUGGAGGAAGAAAUAAUUUAUGCAUCAGUAGAAGGUGAAGAUACUGAAGCUGCUGAAGAAGUCCAAGGUGAUGAAAUAGUUGAAAUAAUCGAAGAGAUUGAAGUUGUUGAGGGUGAAGAAGAGGAAGAAUCACCAAAGGCUGUUUCUGUAACAGAAAGUAUUAAUGAUGAAUCUUCACAAAGUCAGGACAAAGUAGAGCAGAUAACUGAUAAAAGAUCUAGUGAUGAUGAUCAUCAAAAUAACUAUACUCGACAAGUAGUUAACUAUGACGCUGAUGAGGAUUGGACACUUGAAGAAAGUGAUCCAUUAGAAUUAAAAUCAAAUAAUUCAAUUCAAUCGUCUAAAACUAAAAGCAAAUCUGAAAGCAAGACUAUUACUGUUAAUGGAAAUAAAGUUGCAACUAAAAAAGCUGAUGAUGUUUAUCGUAAUGCUAAGUCUUGUAAUUCAGAAUAUGGUGAAAGUAUGAAUAUUAGAUCUGACGAUGAUAAUCAUCAUGAAAUUGUUGAAAAUGACUUGGUUUAUACUGUAUUAGGUGAAAAAAAAUCAUCUGAUUCAUCUAAACGUCAAGAAGAUCCACGUUAUAUUAAAAUGGAAAGAUUGGAUGAAAACAUUCCUGAAGAAGAAGGAGCAAUUUAUUAUGAAGAUAGUGAGAUGGGAACCUUGUACGUGACUUCAGCAGUCAAUGAUGGUGAACAGUAUCAGUAUGAAGAACAAGCUUUGGAACAAGAAGAUCAAGAACAAGUAGAACAGCAAGAACAGUGGGAUGAAUCUAAUGAAAUGAUGAUAGAGGAACAAGGGCCAGAGGAAAGUCAUCAGGAUCAAAUAUACUUACAUGAGGAUGAGGAUGGCCAGCUAUACUUCAAAGAUGAAAAUGGUGUAAUGCAACCAGUCUAUUUAACUGAAGAUGGUAAUUAUGCCAUUGCAGAUACAUCUGAAGAUCAAGAAAAUCAAGAGUUGAGGAUUAGUCAGAAAUCAGAUGAAGCAGUUUUAGGUGUUCAGGACUUGGAUCCUAAUACACUGCGACAGGGAUCAUCUACUUCGAGUCCAACUAAUAAUGACGUCGACAAUGAAGAUAAUACUGUCACUAUAUCUUUGAUUAUAUCAGAGGAUGAAAAUGGUUUGAAGAGAACUCAAGUUAUUAUUCCAACAGCAGAUGCAUUGAAGUGUGAAAUUUGUCAAAAGAGUUUCAAAACUCAGUUCCAAUUACUUCGUCAUAACAGAUUAAAACAUGCUCGAGAAGAAGAUAUCACAACGCGUAACUUCCCUUGCGACUUAUGUCCAAAAAGAUUUCCUGAUCAAAAUUCACUAGCUAAGCAUCGGAAGACACAUACAGGUGAUCGACCAUUCCAAUGUUUAGAAUGCCAGGAAACAUUCCCAACUGCUCCUGCAUUACGUCGUCAUAUGAGUUCUCAUAAUCCAGAAUCAAAACCAUUACCUUGUAUCUAUUGUGGUCGUCGUUUCCUUGAUAAGCCGGCACUUCAAGUACAUGAAGCGUCUCAUUUGGCUGCUGAACAACAACGUGGCCACACUUGUGACAUUUGUAAUAAAUCUUUUAUGACUCCAACUGAUUUAAUGGUACACAAGAAAAAUCAUGACCCAGAUAAGAAAUUUGAUUGUGAAGUAUGUGGUCGGGAAUUCAAUCGUCUUAAUAAUUUACAGCGUCAUAUGAUGGUUCACCAACAGGUACGUGAAAAAGCUGCGCAAGGACAAAGUCAAGAAAUUUUAUCGUGCGAUGUAUGUGGUAUAACUUACAAAUUUAUGAGCUCAUUGACCCGGCACAUGGUAACAUCGCAUAUGAAUCCUGAAAAGUUACGACAGCAAGCUGAAGAACAACGACGAAAACGUGAAAAUAAUUACAAACGUUAUCUGGAGAAUCGUAAAAUGUAUGAAACCCAACAUGGUACUGGGUAUGGAAAACGUAGUUACAGAAGUGCUAUAAGUAGUGAUCCAGAUGAUGAUUUUGCAUGAGAAUUAUCGGAUGAUUCACUCGAUGAGUAUUCAAGUUCUUCAUAUAAAUGCCGAUUAAAUCGUCAAAAUAAACGUAAUCAUUCUGUAUCUUAUAAUAAUUAUAAGUGGCGUUACGGAUAUCAGUAAUGCAUUUAAUGUAAUAAUAAAAUCAUUUAUUAUUGACAAAAAAAAGGAUAAUGAAUUUUAAAAAUUUCGAAGAUAUUAUAUUAUUAGAUAUACAGUAA